ACCCCAUUCGCAUACUAACCCUCACCGCGAUGCAGCUCGACUUCCUCUCGAACAGCCCACUGAACUCCGCCGUGGUCGACGCAGCGACGGGCGAGACGCUGUACACCAUAUCCACGCCGCGCACGCUGGGGACGCGCGCCACGACGGUGUGCGACGCGGCGGGGAAGACCGUCGCGCUGUACAGGCGGCACUGGGGGCGCGGCGAAGUGGAGCUGCAUGGGGUGACGCGCGACGUGUCCAGCUGGCUCGUCAGCGACGGGGUGUUCUCGAGCUCGAAGAGAUUCGUGGCGCCGGACGGCAGGACAUAUGUCUGGAAGAAGCAGUGGGGCACGAGCGAGUUCGAGCUCGUCGACGACCAGACGCAACAGCUCGUGGCGAAGUCUUCCGGUGCCCGGUCGGUCCUUCGGCCGUCCGAUCGUAUGUCCCUCGAGAUCAGUCCACAGGCCGUGCCGAUCCUGGACGCCGUCGUGCUGUCUUUCAUCAUCUGCGAGAAGAACAGGAGGGGCAAGAACGCAGCGACGGCGGCAACCGUAGCCGUCGUAUGAUGGUUUAUGGCACCAUGUCCCUCAACGGGCGCAAUCCGGUCGAUGAGUGCAUCUACUGUCGUCAGUGUAGUCGAGAUCAUCAUAUACACAAGAUGGAAGUUUAUAUACAAACCGACCUAUCAUCGCG